ACGUCAACAUUAUGCGCCUCUCAUUCAAGUUUUGCUGUGUAAUCUGAGGAAACGAACGAGGUUGCGUUGUUCCUCAGGCAAAGUUUUACUUCAAAAUUGUUACUUGGAAGUUACAGUAUGGAAUAUUUGAUCGGAAUUCAGGGACAAGACUUUGUCAUAGUUGCUGCUGAUAACGUUGCAGCCCACAGCAUCGUUAAGAUGAAACAGGACCAGGACAAGAUGUUCAAGCUGAGCGAUAAGAUUCUUUUGCUAUGUGUGGGAGAGGCAGGAGACACAGUACAGUUUGCAGAGUACAUUCAGAAGAAUAUUCAGCUAUACAAAAUGAGGAAUGGUUAUGAACUCAGUCCAACAGCAGCAGCCAACUUCACACGCAAGAACCUUGCAGACUACCUUCGAAGCAGGACUCCGUACCAUGUGAACCUGUUGCUGGCUGGGUUUGAUGAGACGGACGGCCCAGGGCUCUACUACAUGGAUCACCUGUCUGCUCUGGCCAAGGCCCCCUUCGCUGCCCACGGCCACGGAGCCUACCUCACCCUGUCUAUCCUCGACCGCUACUACAGACCAGAUUUGACUCGGGAUGAAGCCAUGGACCUGCUGAAGAAGUGCAUUGAGGAGCUGAACUACCGCUUCAUCCUCAACCUGCCCUCCUUCAGCGUCCGUUUGAUUGACAAGGACGGCAUCCAUGACCUGGAGAAGCUUAUCCCUGUGGGCGCCAAGUGACCGCUCACUGCUUACCCCUAAUGCCCACAUUUUUGUACCGUAGACCUUGCUCUUUAUGUUCCAAUAAAACGUGACGCACUGUUGAAAUCUC